CGCUCUAGUAGGCAACCGCUUUACUAUCGUUCACAGUUAAAGCCGAGCCGCCGGUUACAGUCAAAGACCUGUGUAAAGAUCAUUUUUGGAGAAGCUUUAGUGGUUUUACAAGCUUGGAAGAGCACAAAUGGCAAAGAAGGCGACUUCGCUUUUCCUCCGGGCGCUGGAGAUGUCGGAGGGACAGUCGUGUAAUAUUAUGAGGAGAAACUCUAAUGCCACUAUCAGACAUUUGAGCUCUUGUGGUAUCUUGGAUACAAGGCGGGCAAGCUUACCUCCUCCCACAGCAUCUUCUCAGGUGGUGCCCACCCGAAACUUCAUUAAUUUAUCAGCCCCUCUCAUAACACGGAGGAUGGAUUACUCAGAGAGCCGGAACCUUGGCUACUCGCCUGAGCAGAUGUACAACGUUGUAGCCAAUGUAGACCAGUACCAGCAGUUUGUACCUUGGUGCAAGAAGUCAAAGGUCACGAGGGGAAGAAACGGUGACAUACGAGCUCAGCUUGAAAUUGGGUUCCCCCCAAUAGUGGAACGCUACACCUCUGAGGUCACAGUUAUCCCGAACCACCAAGUCAGAGCGGUGUGCACAGACGGGACGCUCUUCAGUCACCUUGAGACAUUAUGGCGAUUCACUCCUGGUGCUGCAGGCCAAGCUGACUCCUGCAAUGUGGAGUUCUUUGUGACAUUUGAGUUCAAAUCACUGCUCCACUCACAGUUAGCAACAAUAUUUUUCGAUGAGGUGGUCAAACAGAUGGUCAAUGCUUUUGGGGCACGAGCAGCCAAGCUCUAUGGCACCAGCUCCCAUCGACUGUAGACCACAUGCAAGAGAGCAACCUGAGAACUGUCUUCAGAUCCUUUGUUUAAAUAGACACAUCGCAUUCAUAGCAACCACAUACAUUGUUACAAUGUAUGAGCUCUGGAGAUGAGCAAAUUCCUUUUUAAUCCAGUUUCUUGGAUUGUGGACUUUUAAAACCAGCACCUAUACCAGUUGCAUAUUUAUUGAAAUCAUGAUAUAGUUUAUUAACAUAAAUGUAUAUAUAAUUUUUUAUAUUUGCGGAAUGAUAUAAGUAAAUACAUGAGCAUGUAUGAUGAUAUUAUGGAAUGAUGAAUGUAUUAUUUUUUGACCAAAGGUAAAAAACAGUUUUAAAUUAAGGAUGCAUUUUUCAAACUUGUAAUAAAGGAAA